GUUUGCCGUUCAUGAAAGACGAUCGAAAGAGAAGAAAACUCUUAUUACGCGUUCAGUGCUUUAAAAUUGUUUUUGUGCUCACAAUCGGAAAAAAGUAACAAUCAGCAUCAAUAGUGCUCGAACAAUCAUUUAAAAUACAUAAAAUUUAAACUUAUAUUAAAGUGAAACUAUUGAAAAUAAAUAAUUAAAUAUUUAUAAAAAAGAGAAAAAUAUAUUUGUACAAACUUCAAAGAAAAUUUGUUGAUGAAUUGAAAAUAAAAUUGAAAAAAAAACACUUGUGUGUAAAUAUUUACAAAUAAAGUGACGUAAAGUGAAAAUUUUGCACCGAGAAAACUCAGGAUAAUAAAUAAAUAAAAGAUACUGAUACAUUUGAAUGGCUGCUUCUAUUCUGUCUCCGUGGAUAUUUGUUCAGUUUUUGUUUUGUUGCAAUAUUGAAUAUUUGACGGCAACAUCGGAAACGAAUGGUUGCUUGAUGGAACGUUUCUCCAAUGGACGAGUACUAUGAAUGGAUUAAGGAAUUACUUGCCGAGGAAAAUAUCGACUUGGAUGCACUCAAAACGACAAAAAACCCCGACGUAUUAACACACAUUCACGAAGCAGUACGAGACUUACGCGAUUCACUCGAAAUUGUACGACAAGACAUUGGUUACGUCGAAAAGGGAAUUUAUUCUAAAGCGAAGGUAAACAAGUGUGCAGUGCAUGGCGAUCAAUUGGUGAUUAGCGAAACAAGUGACGAGGAACAUUUUCAGGGUAAAAAGAAAGCAGGAGGAUAUUCGAGUACAACAUCUGAUCCGGAUAGACCGAUAAAUCGUUUGCCGAAGAGAAUCAAGGAGCGUCACGUGUCGGAAAAGACAAAGUGUUUGCUUUUGGGACUUCCGUAUUACUUUCCGGAGAAAGAUGAUGAGACAGAGAGUCCCGAUUCAAGUGAUCUUGAAGAAAUUAAGAAGCGAUGUAAGGCAUUGAGGGAACAAUAUCAAGUGUUACAGAAGAAAAAAGAGCAAAAAAGUCACCGAAAACGCCCGGCUUUAACAAAAAUCACAUCGGGAAGUCAAACAACGACAUCAGAUCUGAACAAUACACUCGAAUUCGAUCGAAAAGUGUUAGAUACAGACUCGGAUUAUCCAUCAAACGUUCGUUCUCGACGUUCAUACGACGAACCUAACAUUCGUUUGCCUCCAAAACCAACAAAAUACGUCAAAUCUCCCGAGUUGGUUGUUUCAAAAAAAGAUCAAUCCGACAUUUUAAGUGUUCCAACAUUCAGCGAAGCCGAAAGUGUCGUUUUUGUCGAGAAACCAGUCGACAAAUCUCGAAGCAGUUCGAAAAAACGUUCGAAAAAGGAUCGAAAAAAAGUCCCAAAAACCGAAAGUGCGAUCCAAACAUCCCCUGAUAAGGAACAACAACGCUAUGCUCGAUCUAGAUUCCUCCGAAGCGAUCGCCCAAAAUCUGCGAGACCCGAAAGACGAUUACUCCGUUUAAAUAACUAUUUGUGCUUCAAACCGGAGACUCCUCAAGAAACCACAAAAGACGAAACACUUCAAAUCACCAAAACUGUGACAGAAAAUGUGAAUGAAAUCACAAAAGAAAUUACGGAAAAUGCAACGUACGACGUUCAAACAUUUGAAAAUAGCACAGCACAAAUAGAGUCUCCGAAGAAAGCACGUCAAAAGUCACAAUCUUGCACGCGCGACACAAGCACAGAACUGAAACAAUCACACAGACGGUCAAAAAAACCACUUGGCAAAGAUUUUUCGAGUCAAACAGAUCUUACGAGCAAAUCACAGCAACAAAAACGCGACAGAAAACUAACGAAAGGCGUUCAAUUCAGUUAUGAGGAUUUGGUUAACUUGAAUGACAUUGAUCGUGAUCCGAUACGAAAGACAAACAGUAGUAGUCAAACAGAUCUCGAGAAAACUGUUGAACCCGUUGGCAUUCUCAAACGAACAUUAACUGAGCCUACUCUUCAAGUGAAAAAAUCCGAAGGGCAAAAACCCAAAUUUGUGUCAAUUGUCGAUUCAGGUAUCCAAACAUCCUUCGAUCGAGGAGAAAACAACAAAAUUUCUACUUUUGAGAAGUCUCUUAUUCCCGUCAUUAAAACUACGAGUGAAAGUCAAACAGGUGACAGUUUAGAAUCUCAAGUUCGCGUUGACAACGAUAGUCAAACGAGCUUAGAAUACAAACAUUUCGAACAAAGUUACAAAAAAUCCGAGGAAAUGCAAAAUAUUGCAGGAAGCAACAUGAACGCCCAUAUUAAUUUGCACAUUAAGGUUUCGUCAAACGUUCAAAUGGAUGGAAAUACUUCAGAAGUCGAAUCAGAUACCUUGAAAGAGGAAAAACCCGCUGAACCAAAUCUCGUACGUGAAGAAACACUAACAGUUGACAAUCAAAAACUCACAAUUCGUGUCAUUUCUGAAGAAAAUCUCUGCGUUUCACAAUCAAAUGACGGAGAACUCGACGUCAAACGUGUUUCAACCGAAAAUUUAGACAUUCAACGAGGCAGAAACAACGCAGAUACAGACAAAAACUUAGAUAUUGAUGAAAUUUCCGUACACUCGUUAUCAGAAGGAGACAAUUCUGUCUUUACAGAUGGGCAUGUAACGCCUACCGAACAUGAAGGAGCUGUUGGAGGACAAAUACAUACAAGAAAAUCCGCAUCUGAGCAUCAAGAAGAUCAAGUAGAUGAUAUAGAGUUGAUUUUCUCGUCUGAUGACAAAGAUUUUACGCAAGAAGAUAUGGUUUCGUUCACGGAAUACGAGCCAUGGCAAGAACCCGGAGGUACGGGAACACCAAUUCUCGUGAAAUUCAACAAAAAACCGUCAAUUGAACGUGAUGUCGAUCAACAGAAACGUCGCAAUAGACAACUUGUAAAACAAGAUUCGGGCGCACAAACAGAACGUGAUGCGAAAUUUCAAAGUAUCGGAAAUAAUGAGACUUUUACGUAUGAAGUGAACAAAACAGGUAGCGAAUUUUCAUCAAAAAUGCCGAGUUUGGAGAAGGAAAGUAGUUAUGAGCAAGAAAUACUGUCGCGCGAAGAAAGUUUCGACACAUUUGAACAAGCUGUAAGCUCGGCAAUUCAACGUAGAUGGACCAAGGCGAGUAUUUUAGUCGAAACAGACAUCUCUAAAUGCGGCAUAACGGAAGAAAUUAAGGAAGAAAUGCUCAUGGGAUUCCCGCGACGUAACACAUGCCCAAAUCCAGCUCCAUACAGGCCAAUUAUGCAUAGCAAUCCCCGCCAAAAGCAGGCUGUUAAAUUUGUACGAAGCCCACGUACAUACGCAUCGCACUUUCAAGCUCCCAAAACGUGCUUGCGAACUAAAAUAAGCGAGACAGAAACGGAUGAUCAUCAUCGAUGUAGCAGCGCAGUGCAAACAGAUAUUUCUGCAUUACCGCCUCAAUGGCGUUCUGAAAGUCAUUUAUCAAAAAAUGAAUAUGGCAUUGGAUUGUAUACGUUGCCCUCAAAAUACGAGACUCCCGUAAAAGGACUUGCUGGAUUUAAAUGUCCUUUGAGAUUAUCCGAGAAGACACAGGAAAAUCGGCGCGUAUUGCUGAGCGACAUCCAUUUCACGAGUAUGGUACCUGAGUUAUCUCGUUCUGCGGAUCAUAUUUGUCCCGAUGAAGAGAUAACAGAAUCGGAUGCUGAAAGUAAGUCUAACGAUUAUUACAAAGGACAUUUGUUGCAAACGCCGGAUUAUGUGAGCAAAGGUUUAACUCCAAGUCACAGUCUUACAUCGCCGGGCAUCAGUAAUUGGACUGUAAAUGAAGGAAGUCAAACGACGCAAACAGGAGGAUAUUGGGACCGCGGUGAUUCAUUUGACUCAUCCAAAUCCAAUUCACUGUAUGCAACAAAUUUAGAAAAACAUCAUCGAUCACGCAGUGUUCCGUCAAUUAAAUGCAUUGUGUGCCGACAAACGCAACCUCAGCACAAUUCAGGGGGCAUGCGAGUAUCGGAGAGCAUGCAUUAUGGAACGAAAGGCAUUCAUGAUCAACCUCAAAAGUGUCGCGGUUCAUUGCCCGAUUUGCGACAUCAUUGCGCGUGUCGACGAUACGAUGGACCAUCUCUUCACAAAAUUCAUGCUGAAUCCGAAGAAUCAACCGAAAGCCUAAUUGAAGAACCCGAGGAAUAUCAUCGCGUUUCAACACACAGCAUUGCAAACACCUUAACACUCGAAGACACUUUAGAUGCAUGCACAAGUAGGAGACGAUCUGAAAACGACAUUGGAAAACUUUUCAUUCCGCCGCCAUGUCAACUUCCAUUUUUGCCACGCACGCCUGAAACACUGAAAAUCGGGAAUUUAGCAAAAGUUAUUCUAAGAUCGGGUCGAAUUGCUGUCGGGCGUAUACGAUUUGUCGGAUGUGUGAGAGAUGAGGAAGAAGAAGGAGAAACACGACGAAAACAAAACAAAGAAGAUGACGUGUUCAUUGGUGUUCAAUUACCUUCUGAAUGGGGCGAUUCUGACGGAACUUACAAUGAAAAACGAUUUUUCGAUUGCCCCCCAAUGCAUGGAGCAUUUGUGCCAUUUAGUAAAAUCAUUAUGGCAUGGAAUGUCUAAACUCACACAUUAUCUUAGAAAAUUCAGUACAAAUCUGAUGUUCAUUUUACUCGUUACUCGUUGUUUAACAUAUAAAACCCAAUAAACACAUAUAAAUGGCAAUGAUGCAUUACAUCAACAUUCUAUUGGUUCAUAAUUGACCACAAAACCUGAGAAUUAACAUAACAAUUAAUGUCUAUAAUCGUUGUUUUAUGUCAAAAUAAUAAUAAAAAUGAUAGAAAGCCUAACAAUGAGUGCUUAAAAAUGGACCUAACAGAAACUAGUCAUAAGUCGAAUGAUUGAAGAAUCAGAAAGUUAAAACAUAAGGCGUCUCCAUCGGAUAUCACAAAACAAAUAAACUUUUACUUUAACUUUUUUCAUUAAAUAAAAACAUUUUUUUCACGCAGACAAUAAACUUGCGACAACCUUCAAACUUUCCAAUAAUAAAUUUUCCGUCCAUUUCAGUUUUAUUUUCGUAGAUUUUGAGUCAAAACACUAUUUUUGCAUACUAAAAUUCUCUAUUGAGCUAUUUACAAGUAGAAUCUGAAUCCGUAACAAACAAAUAUUUAAUAAAUUUAA